AUCUCUUGUAGGCUUGCGUUGCAGUAAUGGUGAGGCAUGACAAGCGAAUAGCAUUCCAUCGCUCAAAAAAAUCAUCUGUGCCGUUGCACAUCCGUCCUUGAAAUCCGAACGAUAGCAUGGCGUGCCGCCUUGGCUGGAUGCGCAAAACGACAGCGUUGAGUUCCGAAUGAUUUCUUCAUCACGGGGCGAAUAACACAUAAAUUCCUGAAUCGGUGCUUUUGGGCGUCGUCACUGCAUCUACCAGUCUCCGUUCUUGAUUCAUUUCUAAUUCCUAUACGUCUCCACCAUCUUGCCAUUAUAGGUCGUUGCGCUUAUGAACAAAAUUCCCGUCAUGUUUCUCUGAUAAGGUGUUUUUCAACCGGUGGUUACAAGGAGGGAGCGUAUUUUGUGCCACCGGCCUUUUUCGAUGACUUACUAUGGAGACGAUGGUGGUAGGGCCGAGGUGAUCCCGGAGCUCCCGCUCAGAAUUUGCAAUGAUGUCGACAAUGGGGAUUACAUAAAAUUGAGAGAGGGCCCGGAAGAUGCUGAACCGGAAACGGCGGUUGGUGAGGCGGCGGAGCCUUCACCGCCAGGGAGGGCAGGGUCUUUAUGGUAUUGGGUUAAAUUGGUGGUCUUGUUUGUGUGCAUAGGGCUCUUGGUCGCUGUAUUCCUCAAGUGGAUCGGACCCUUUUUCAUGGAUAAGGAGAUCAUUCCAAUACUAAUCUGGGAGAGAAACACGUUUAGCAUUCCCGUGUUAACUGUUCUACUAUUUGCUUCCAUAGCAUUAUUUCCAACCCUAUUUUUACCAUCUACACCUUCUAUGUGGGUAGCUGGGAUGACAUUUGGUUAUGGCUUUGGCUUCUUGCUGAUAAUAUCUGCAGCAUCUGUGGGCGUGUCACUCCCUUUUUUCAUUGGUUCAAUCUUCCAUCAAAAAAUUCAAGGUUGGUUGGAAAGAUAUCCUAAGAAAGCCUCAUUAUUAAGAUCUGCAGGUGAAGGAAAUUGGUUUCAUCAAUUUCGAGCAGUUGCUUUAAUAAGGAUUUCUCCAUUCCCUUACAUAAUCUACAAUUACUGUGCUGUGGCUACAAAUAUUAAGUAUGGACCUUACAUAAUGGGAUCAUUGGUGGGAAUGGUGCCAGAAAUAUUUGUUGCAAUCUACACGGGGAAUUUGAUAAUGACUUUAGCUGAUGCUUCACAUGAAAAACACGCUCUAUCUGCCCCUCAAAUUAUCUUUAACGUUAUUGGUUUCUGCUUCACUGUGGCUACAACAAUCUUCUUCACAUUUUAUGCUAAAAAAUGGUUGAAAGAGCUGGGGAAGGAAGACGAGGUUUUGUUGCAAUAAUCCAGUAACUUGGCCUGGGUUUCGUUGACGUUCACUGCAUGACCUGGACACCAGGUCAUCUGCGCAGGUGGUGCUCAGUUGGGUGAGGUUUUAUUUAAGCGACUUCAUCCAUGGGAGGAAUUCAGCUAACACGGCUAACACCUAUUUUAGUUCAGCAUUUACAUAUCAUUUUUUUUCUUUUCUUUUUGUUUUUUUUUUUUUGGGUUUGCUGAAAUGGACUUUUAUGAUUUCUUAUGCUUCUGUCUUGUAUGAUUGUAUAUGAAUGAAACUACCAUUUAUGCUAUUGAUUGGACUCAGCCAAAUUACUGAGAAUCAAAUACACAAAAGUUUCUCUCUCUCGUAUAA